GAGUUGCUGAACCGGAAGCUCCUACUUAAUUAAUUCUAAGAUUUAAACAGUUGCGGGUUGGGAACGCUAAUAAAUACGCACCGUGACACAAAAGUGCCAAACCAUGACCCCCUCCAGAGUCAUUGUUCGAUAGGAUCAUUGUCUACACGUAGCCUAAGUCAGCCGGUCGGAGCUCACCUGAGGGCGGGAGGUUAAGGUGUGCGCAGUUUGCUUGCCUCCACCCAUUCGGAUCUGCGCCUCUUCUUCUACCAGACCUCUGUCGCUGCGGACUACAUCUCUUGUCUUUGCCCUACUCACACACACACACGUUGAAAUGACAUCAGGAGUCAGGGUCAGUGCUGAGGCAAGUAAUUGCAUCGAAAGCAUCAAAAUCCGCCUCAACAAGGAGGAUCCCAGGGACCGGUUCAAGGCCUUGUUUUUCACGAUCAACGAAGGAGAGAUCGGUGUGGACUCCACACUCCAGAUAAAAGACGUCGAUGGCGAGGACCAAGAUGCCUACAAGGUGCUGAAAAUGAAGCUGCAGGAGUACCCGGCUUGCUAUGUUGUCUACGACUGCUGCUAUGAAACCAAAGAAACUGAGAAAAACGAAUUGAUUUUCAUCAUGUGGAUCCCUGAUCAUACCAAGAUUAAAAUGAAGAUGUUGUAUGCCAGUUCUAAAGACUCCAUCAAACGGGCACUCGCAGCUUGCGGCAUCAAGCACGACUGGCAGAUAAACGACACCUCAGACCUCUUAGACCAGUCCGCAUUUCUGAGCAAGAUUGGAAAGGGAAUUAUCAAGCUGGAGGGGAAGGAUGUAAAAGACUAGUAGCACCAUUGGCCAGAGCUAUCCAUGUUUGCUGUUUUGAUGUAGAUCAAAUAAAAAAUGUGUUUGACAUGACAAUUGAGAUUAAACACGAGUGUUAAUAAAACAGACACAAUUAAAUGAA